AUGUUUGAAAUUCGGCCUAGCAUGGCUGAGUUACGCUCUGCAGUUUAUAUCGCUCCCCCAGUCCCUGCUCGCAGACCCCCGCCUAUUUCGAUCACGGCGGACUGGUCUCCAAUAUCUUGCACUCUAGUAUAUUCUCCAAGGGAGGCCGUGCUUGUGGAUACUCCCAUCACGAUUCAGCAGACAAAUGACCUCAUUGCGUGGAUAGAGAAGAUAGCUCCAGGUCGCAAACUUUCUUAUAUCUAUAUUACUCAUGGCCAUGGAGAUCAUUUCUUCGGCUUGCCUCUUCUUCUACAACGCUUCCCUGAAGCAGUUCCUGUCGCUACUCCCGGGACAGUGAAACAUAUGGAGCAACAGAUCGGAGAACCGUAUUACAGCGAAACGUGGGAGUACCGAUUCCCUGAUCAAAUCGCCAAGCCUUUCAAGCUAGCACAAGCACUCCCUGAAAGUCUUUCAUUCAAACUAGAGAAUCGAUGGGUUUUUCAAGCGAUUGAAUGUGGCCACUCGGAUACGCACGACUCCACAGCCCUAUGGGUUCCGGAUCUUAAAGUAGCUAUUUGCGGGGACGUUGUCUACGGACAGGUGCACCAGAUGCUAUUCGAAGCGAAUACUCGUGCCAAGCGUCAGGAGUGGAUUCGGGCUAUCGAAAAGAUUGAAGCACUAGGUCCAGUCUAUGUGGUUCCUGGACAUAGGCAAGCAGAAGAGAUCGACGGGGUAUGGCAUUUGGCGUCGACCAAGAAGUACAUCGAGGAUUUUGGUCGCGUAUUAGCUGAGGACCCUAAAGACUCAAAAGAGGUGAUUGCAAAGAUGAAGAACCUGUAUCCAGAUCGGUACAACCCAAAUGCCCUCGCUCUAAGCGCAGCGGGUGUUUUCAUCGUUCCAAGGAGCGCGAGAAUCUAGAUUGGAUUUGCUGGGUAACACUGGGCUGGAAGGAGCACAUUCCCUACUUCUAUAAGCAUGUAGUCAUGAUAAGAUCGUUAUAACUUCAGUGCAUAAGACGGUCCC